AUGUCAUUGAUAACCACCAUCUGUCGCCAUCCAUUGGCUUCCAAACGUUUUAUGAUUGUUUUCCGCAAUGAGGAGGGGGAGGAACUUCCGGAGAUUUUUGAGUUGCGGACACGGUACGAGGCGAUUGCUCCCAUUGCGAAGGGGGCGUACGGUUUUGUCUGUGCUGCAACGGACAAUGACCUGGUGGAAAACUUUCACAUGAGCCCUCCCGAGGAGUACAAUGACCCUUCCCUCUCCAAAGAGGAGCGUCUUGAUAUCUACGAGAGCCACACCACAGUAGCGGUGAAGAAGCUGCGGCAGUUGUUUGAGCAAAACAGACCACGCAUGUGGUUGUGUGCCACACGUGAGAUUCAACUCAUGAUGGCCUUUAAACAUGAGAAUGUCAUGUCCGCCUUGGACUUUUUUAUCCCACUGGGUGAUUGUGAAAGAAUGACGUACGAGUCCGUCGAGUAUCUUCGGCAUAACUUUGAUAGUGUCUAUAUUGUCAUGAAAAAAAUGGAAUACACACUACGGGAAGUGCUUGAGUCUAGUGUCUUUACCACAACGGAUACCCAGGACGAGUGUGGCAAACUGUCCAAUGGGAAAAUAACAAGUUCGGCAGGAACAGAGAAGCAUGAUGACGGUGCUCAUGACGAUAUAAAUAAAAGCACGGCGCGUAGAAAUGAGCGAAUUGCGCGUUGCCCUCAGACACAUCUCGUGCUGCACCCACUUGCUCGUGACUACCGCAUGUUUAUCCUCUACCAGUUACUACGCGGGGUAGGCUACAUGCAUUUGUGCCUUGUCAUUCACCGUGACAUUAAACCGGAGAAUAUUAUGCUUGAUCGCAACUACAACACGCGGGUGUGCGACUUUGGUCAGGGCCGUGACGCCGUUGCAACGGAAUUGGAUGGGGUUCUCCAAACGUUUUUAGACAACUGCACACAGUGGUACGCAGCGCCAGAGACGCUGACGCUGGCCAAUGUCUCCUCACCUUCCGGAUUUGUUGACCAAAAAACGUUGCAUGCCGCGGACGUGUGGUCCAUUGGUUGCAUCGCGGCGGAGAUGGUUAUAGGGCGGCCACUCUUCUACUGUCGGCAUAGCGGUGGUGUCGGCCAACUCAACGCCAUCAUGGGUGUCCUUGGCAAAAUCCCUGAGGAGGCAGCAGAACGUAUUCUGCAGCACCGCGAUGAGGACACACAAAAGUUGUUUGAAAGUGUAAUGCGGCGGGAAAUGCAGCAGCAUUUACACAAGCCUUCUACGUUGAGGAGACUGUUGCAGUCCCCAUACGGUGACGUGGAUGAGGAGGAAAUUAGGCUCAUUGAAAGACUUCUCUGCUACGACCCGAGCCAACGCAUAACUAUUCAGGAAGCGCUGCAAAGUAAUUACUUUAUAAAUGAAGGAUACGAACCGGUAAUUGACCCCGAUGACACGGCAACACACGUGCGAGCGGUGGAGGCGAAGGAGGUUGUGGAUGCCGUGAGGGGGCGCAGAUUUCUCUGGUCGCUCUUUUUGAAGCAUCACCCUGAAGUAGAAGAACUCAUGAGAGUGUUGGAGAUUCGGAGGAACUCCAGUUCCACGGAUUCCACAGAAGUUCCCCCGCCAGCAUGCGUUUAG